AUGGAGUUUACGAGCAAUGCUGAAAUAGAUUCGUUCGUUAUUGGGGACAAUACCAUAGAAUUGAUUGGUUAUGUAGAUGGAAUCGAUGGUAGCAAGCAAGUUAAGAAUAACACGAAAACGCUUUUCAAAUUCAUUCUUAACAAUGGACAAGGGAGGAGGAUUCGUAUCCUCAUGUGGGAAGACAUGGCCAAGAAAUAUGAACAAACGAUUGUUAACAAGCAGAUAUUGUUUAUCGAGAGGGGCCUAAUUCAGAAUGUAAAUAUGACGUUCUUCAAAAAAGAAGAAAAUGUAGUCCCCAUUGAAGUUUGUUGUUGGCGUAAUACCACAAUUAAGAUACUGGGGCGUUAUGAAGAAUUAGGUACGAUUGAGCCUCAAAGCACAAUAAACACGUGCAUUAAAAACUGUGCCAAGGAAAUUGGAAAAAUAAUAAGAUUACAGGGAUAUAUAAGAGUGGAGUUCACGUUGGUGCCCAUGGGACACUCUUCAUAUGGCAAUGGGGCCAUUGUUGACGAUGUAUAUAGGCUUAGAGUACACAUCGUUGACUUUAAGGACGAUCCAACUUUGAAAUCCGGGGUACACGUCGAAUGUGUGGGAGAAAUUAAAAAAGACAAAAAUGAUGGAAUUUUUUUGCAAUUGGAAAACAUGAGCAAAAUAGAAAUUAUUGACGAACUGGUUCUAUCAACUGAUAAUUUAAGACGGGGAAUAAUUCCUCCAGAAACUAGAAAUCUAGAUGAUGAUGAAAAAAAUAAAGCAAAACGAAGUCGAAUUCAAAAAAAUUUGGAUGAUAGCGGAAUAAAUUUUAGCCGCGUUGAUUUGGAUGAGGAUUUAAACUGGGGAUUUCGAAUAAUAAUUUCAGAUUUAAACUGGGAUUCCGAAUGA